AUGCCAAACGCCGAGUGGAGGGCGGAAGUUCCGCGACGGGAGGCUGUCACCGCCGACCGGCGGAACAGGGCCAUCGCCAAGAAGGCCCGUGACAACGCGGCACGCGCGACUGCGGCUGCCGCUUCGGCGGACCAAGCCGAGGCCGAGGCGACUCGCGCGAGGAUGAUGAAUCCACCCGGCAGCCACGCCCAGUACGCUCCCUGGGGCCAGCAAAGCGUCGGCUCUCCGUCGCCGCAGCCAUGGGGAUCGCCCUCGCCGGGCUACGCCGACGGGGACGCGCACGGUAGGUUCAACCCAAACUACCCUCCAUACAACUACUCGGCGCCCACCUACGCGUCCUCCCCGACGCUCCCUCUCCGCCAUUGCGCGCUGCCCUUCUCGCACCUCGGCGACACCGACGAGACCGAGGGCGACAUGGACGACAUCAUCGCGGCAGGUUCGGCCGCGGCCGCCGCGUCUCUCGGGUUCGUCACCCCGGACGAGACGAUGGAUCUCAGCGGCGGCAUGGACGGCGAGCUCGGCUACAAGAAGCGGGCGGCCAGGUCAGGCGAGCCGCGCAUCAAGUGGGCGUCCAAGGAGGAGGAAUGCCUCGCCGGAGCAUGGAAAGUCGUCUGCCUCGACCCGACCACCGGCACGAACCAGAGCAUAGAGACAUACUGGGAGCGCAUCAAGGCCGAGUUCGACGAGCGCAAGCUCGUCGACCCCUACUUCAAAGGCGUCUACAUGCAGCGUGGCUCCAAGGCGAUGGUGAACCAUUGGGGGCGUAUCCAGGGGCGUGCAACAAAUGGCAUGGGGUCGUCGAGGAGGUCGUGGCUCGCCCGGAGAGCGGCGCCAGCGUUGAGGAUCAGGUAUGCCACGCCGUUGCUGCGCAUGUUCGCCCUGUACCGGCAGAGCAACAGCGACGCCGAAUUCAAGUACCUCCACGUUUACAAGCGCAUUGACAAGUGCGAGAAGUGGGCGGAAGUCCGGCGCACCCUCGACAAGGCCAAGGAGACCUACAAGCCGGACACGCCGACUCCUGGCGCGUCAGAAGGGCGGCCGGACGGCAACAAAGGUGCCAAGAAGGGGAAACACGCCGACGCGGCCACCGCUCGAGUGCAGGAGUCCAUCGAGCACUGCCUCGCCAACGCGCAGGCCCGGGCCGUCCUUCGUGAAGAGAAGACCGAGGCGCGGUGGUCGGCGUUGAUGUCGAGCAGCGCCGUCAAGCUCGACCUACUCCAGACCAACGUCGCCGCGAAGAAGAGAAACACCGACCUGGCUUUCCUGCUGGGCGGGGCGGACAUGCUCCAGAGCACCGACGAGGCGGUCAAGGCGUGGUACUUGGUGGAGCGCGGCCUCAUCCUGAACCAGCUUCCCUCGACGACGACGCCGACGCCCACGCCGAUGCCGCCGCCAAGCCCGAGCGAUGAUGCCGCCAAGACUCCCCGCAUCACAGAAGCCACGCCGACGCCGCCAAGCACGGAGACCCCGCCAAGCCCGCGCACACCGACUCCGCCGACGCCAGAGGCCGCCCUCGCCGUCUGA